AUGGUCGUUAAGGUCGUCCUCGAGGAAUCACUGGGGCUCUGGCUCCUCGCCAAUGCACGGAUGAUCAAGGCGGAACGCUGCAAGCUGAAGACGCUGAAGCCACCGACCCUCAUCCAUCCAAAGACUCAAUCAUCGGUCCUCCCGUACAAGAACCCUGAACUCACCUAUCUCGGCCGCACCCUGAACAACAAGAGCAAAGCGCUGAUUGCUUCGUGGAAAACCAAAUAA